GUUGUUGUCCUUGUAAUAACUACAUUUACAUACUUGAACCCUAACUUUCUCCACUCGAUCCUUUCUCCCUCCGAUAAACCCUAUAAAUCCAUUUAUCCCCAUUCGACUCGAUCUUUUUUACACUCGAGGAUCUCCAUUCAACAGUCUCCACUGUUUUUUCAACAGCAGCGAGAAAGCUUCUCUGAUCAAAUCAUCCAGUCGGAAAAAUGGCAGCGUCAGAUCAAACAAUUUUGCAGUUCUUUCCGUUAUCGACCAGCUUGUCCGCAAAAGUUCAUCCUCUUGUUAUCUUCAACAUAUGUGAUUGUUUUGUUAGACGACCCGACCAGGCUGAGCGCGUCAUUGGCACGCUCCUCGGCUCCGUUCUUCCUGAUGGCACUGUUGAUGUUCGUAAUUCCUAUGUCGUCCCUCACAACGAAUCUUCCGACCAGGUGGCGCUGGAUAUAGACUAUCAUCACAACAUGUUGUCGUCUCACCAGAAGGUUAAUCCCAAAGAAGUUAUUGUUGGAUGGUUUUCAACUGGAUUUGGUGUCACGGGUGGUAGUGCUCUUAUUCAUGAGUUUUAUUCUAGAGAAGUUCCAAACCCUGUCCAUCUGACUGUCGACACUGGAUUCACAAAUGGGGAGGCAUCCAUAAAAGCUUUUGUCUCUGUUAACCUGUCUUUGGGAGAUCAGCAACUUGCUGCGCAGUUUCAAGAAAUACCUCUUGAUCUUCGUAUGGUUGAAGCCGAGCGCGUUGGAUUUGACAUUCUCAAGACCACAGCAGUGGACAAACUCCCAACUGAUAUGGAAGGAAUGGAAGCUACAAUGGAGAGGUUGCUUGCAUUAAUAGAUGACACCUACAAAUAUGUUGAUGAUGUUGUGGAAGGUCGUGUUGCUCCUGAUAAUAACAUUGGAAGAUUCAUAUCGGAUACUGUGUCUUCCGUUCCAAAGAUAUCUCCAUCGUCAUUUGAUAAGCUUGUGAAUGAUAGCCUACAGGACCAAUUGCUGUUGCUAUACUUGUCGAGCAUUACAAGGACACAACUCAGUUUAGCAGAGAAAUUGAAUACUGCUGCCCAGAUCCUGUAAUUAAAUCUUGUUAUCGUUCAUUGCCACCUUUAAGUGAGGCGUGGUGCAAUAUUUUGUUUGAUCGGUUUUGCUAGGAAAUGUUUGUAAUGUGGUUUUGGACAUGUAAUAGCUCUUAUUCAGAUUAUUUUCUGCUGCUGCUAAUUUUCAUGGAUGCUACUAAUCUGAGGCUUAGAUUCUACAAAUUAUCUACUACUGUUGAUUUCAACCUUUUAUUGUUUUAAAAGAAGUUUAAAUUGGCAUUAGUGUUCA